AAUAUAAUUAGUCUAUUCUGUCUAUUCCAUUAUUUUUAGUACAUUGUGACCCGUUAAAAUGGUAGAAGCUAACAGUUUCUACCAAGUGGCUAAAAAUGAAAUUUUCGGCAGAUUUAUCGUCGCGUCCAAAAACAUCAAACAAGGCCAGUUAAUCCUCAAAGAAAACCCCGUGCUUUUGUGCCCCCAAGUCGGGGGCCCCAUCAUUUGCUUCAACUGUUGUGCCCAACUCAAGAAACUGUUCUUUUGCCCCGACUGUCGCAUCGCAGUGCUGUGUAACCCCAAUUGCAAAAACCAAUUUCACAACUUACAAGAAUGCACAGCUCUCAAAAGCCUGCCAAUCAAUCACGAUGAUGUUUUAUCGAAUCCGGAAAUUGUGACACCCUUACGGUGCCUCCUGUGGCGGCAAUUUAAUAAAAAUCAACUGGAAAAUUUUCUACAACUUGAAGCACAUUUAAAUUUCCGACGAGAUUCACAAAUCUGGCGUCGAAAUCGCGUCAAUAUCGAGGACGUUCUCUUCAAGUUAAAAAUACUUGACGAGAGUGAUUUGAAGGAGGAAGUGGUGCAAAAAAUUUGCGGUAUUCUUGAUAUCAAUACUUUUGAUGUCCGACAACCGCAACGAAACCGAUUAGGGUUUAAUCAGGCGGAAAAUUUGAGAGGGUUGUACUUAAGGGCAGCCCUCAUGGCUCAUGAUUGUGUCGCAAAUACACAUUUGGCCGUUGAUGACGACUUUGUCUUGUAUGUGCAUGCCGCUGUUGAUAUUCCGGAAGGGAGUCCCAUUUAUUUUAAUUAUACAGAUGUUCUUCAGGGUAACGAUGAGCGAAAACGCCGAUUACUCAACGCCAAACACUUCGAAUGCCAAUGUUCGAGAUGUCGCGAUUCCACCGAAUUCGGCACCGAAAUGAGUUCCUUAAAAUGCCCUAGAUGCCACAAGGGCCUUCUACGUCCAAACCCUUGGCAGUGUUCAUCAUGCCAACGCAUUUUCCACGACUCUCUCAUUAAAAUGACAGUCACAGAAUGCCGACGACGAAUCGAUGAAUUCGAAACUCCCACCAUUGAAAAUUUGGAAAAAUUCCUGAAAAAACUAAGCUUCACGUUCCACCCCCAACACUACUUGGUUUUAGAAGUGGAGCAAAACUUGGUCCGUCUCUACUCACAAGCCGCCCCAAGUACGAAAAACUUGAACCGAAAAAUCGAACUCUGCAUCAAACUUUUGGACAUUUUCCAAAAAAUCGAGCCCGGGAUUUCACGAAUUCAGGCCAUUGCCAUGUACGAACUCCAUUCAGCUGUGGCAAAUUUGGCCCAAAAGUGCUACAAUAAUAGGGAGUUUGGGAUUGAAGAGUUUGUCAAAAAGUUACUAACAGCUGAAAACAUUUUGAAAAAUUCGAUCAAGUACCUCCUCUACGAACCCAUGAAGAGUCCUGAAGGACGACUCGCACAGAACGCUCUCUCAGAGCUGAAAAUGUUGCGUUUGUCGAUUAAUAACAUCCAACUGGGGGAGAAAAAGAAAGAGACCAGAAAACCCAAGAAGAAAAAAUAGUUUUUAUUACUACAGUGUUACAAUAAAUCACGCAGUUUGUAUAAGUA